CGCGUCUUUGCAACUGCAUACAUUUUGACGACAAACUGCAUUGGACAUGGUAGCGCAAGUAGAGUCAUCGUUGCAACUUAAUCCGGCUGCUGGAAAGACGAAAGAAACGCAAACCGUCUUCUCAGGAUUGGGUGAGUAAUAUUGCUCGCACUGACAGAUGCGUUGACUACGGCAAUAUGCAUUCUUGAUGCAAUUGAAGUCCCUCUCGCAUGGAUCCCCGAACAAUACUAUUCCAAUUCGUUUGUCUAUGAUAAAAAUAAUGAUUAAGUUGAUAGGAAACGUUUGAAGAUGCAAAUGCAAAAUGUUAAUGCAAUUAAUCACCGAGAAUGCACUUAACGGAGCACUUACCUUCCGCUGAACACGAAAGAAAUUCAACAAUGACGUGACAAAGGAAAAUAACAACGUGUCGUCGCAUAAUCGUUUUCAUCGUACAAGCUCUAAGGAUAUAAAAUAACUUGAACAAAAUCUUUAUCUAAAAUAAUUUGAUAUCUCAAUCGCGAAACAAUCGGAGCAUCGUGCUUGGCUUCUUCGACCGAAUGACGAAGAUACAAACGUUAAAUUGACUCCAAUGCCUGCACACCUUUCCAUGAUAAUGCUUAUCUCUUUAUCUAUCUCCUUUGCUAUAUAUAUAUAUAUAUAUAUGUGUGUGUGUAUAUAUACAUGUAUAUUUCUAACGAACAUUUCUUCUUCUAUUUUAAUGUGCAAUUGGUGAAAGAUUCGAUAUAAGAUUCGAUAAUAAGCUCUCGGAUAAAUGCAUCUUGAUCGAAACUGAAGCCUUUCGUACGUUAGCAGUUUCUUAUUUCAGUCGGUACAAUUAUAAUUUAUUACGUGUAUGUACGUAUGAAGCUAAUCAGUUUUUUAAAUUGUACGACGUAUAAUAAAGGUCAUCAUAAAUAGCACAGAUAUGAGACAUACAAAGUUUCUCCUAUGUGGAACGACGAAACUUGGAAAUUGUUUGAAAUCAGUGUGCAUAGGAAAUACGAGCUCUUAUCUAUUCAACGUUGCCUGUCACAAUCUAGAAAACUUUUGAAUAAGACGGAAAUGAAGACCCGGAGAAGGAUAAGAACGUGCGCGAGGUCUUUAUCGGCGAUAAUACUGACGAUAAUUUCUUCUUUUUUCUUAAUAAAUCUCAUUCCGACGUAUCGCGAGAUCGAUUUAAGAAGAAUUGAUGGACAAUAAACGUGGAUGACAUGCUUCUUGACUUACGUCGAUUGUAAUCGACGUAGAAGGUCGCAUAGGAACGUAGGAAUAAUGGCGGUGACGGGGAGAGGAGAGUGGAUCCGACCUAGGCAAAAACUUCGAAAGAGAAAAUUUAUCAAUUCUCACGUAUGCACAGGGAUAAACUUGUAACGGCCCGUUUAGAAUAUAAUCCGUAUACAUCCGUAACGCACCGGCGUUAGCGUAAAUAAAAAAGCUUUAAAAGUAUCGAUGUGUCAAGUAUAAAUCACGUAUAUAAGAGAUUUCCCAUGUAUACGGGAUAAAACUGUAUGACUAGAUGAUAUAAAAAAAGGUUGAAGUGAGGUUUCGAAAAAAAAGGAAAAAAAAAAAAAGAAAAAAAAAAAGAAAGGAUAGAAAGAAAGAAAAGAUAAACAUUUCUGCCCGUUAAUAAAGUGAAUCUUCGUUUGGGUCGAAUGGGACACCUUGUAUAAGAAUCACAAAUGCUGAUGCGAAGUAAAUAGUGAAAGAGGGAGCGAGAGAAAGGAAGAAAGAUAGAGAGGGAAAGUCAGGAGGCAACGCCGAGAGAGUGGGAAAAAGACCUUCGUAAGAGAGAACUCGGAUUCGUAUUCCACCAGUCGGAUGCCAUCUACGUUGGAAACGCCUUCUGUCCUGCAAAAGUAAAAGUUCUUUUUUUUUUUUUUUUUGUUAAAAAAAAAAAGAAAGGGAAAAGAGAUCAUCGACGAUCGUCAUUGUCAUCAUGAAAAGUUAUCUCCUUCUCUUUGGUAUUUUCCUACUGAUCGAUCGUCCGAUCGAUGGCCUAAACAUCGAUCCAUCCGUGCCAUGUCACAAAGAUACCGAUUGUUCCCUAUUCUCGAAAGAUCAGAAGAAUUCGACGUGUCAGCAAGGAUUCUGCGCUUGUGAAAACGAGCAAGGACAAAUAAAAAAUUGUUCCAGGUUACAAUUAGCUACUCAGCAAGAAAAACCAGCCGUAUCGGCGAUUUAUCACACGUGCAAGCACGAGAUAGACUGCAAGUUAAAUAAUAGUUUUUGCAAUACAAGUCGAAGUCAGUGCGAAUGCAUUAAAGGCUAUGUGUCUUCGACGGAUCAGCAGCAAUGCCUUCAAGUGGCUAAAUCCUUGAAUUUUUCCUGCACGGAGGAUAAGCAGUGUUUGAUGUUUCAAGCGAAUACGACCUGUUUACGACAACAAUGCGUUUGCAUCGAUGGCUAUCACGCGGUGAACAAUGUUUGCUGGAAGACCGUCGUUUUUGGCGAUCUAUGCUCGAAAUCGGAGGAGUGCUAUCACAUAAGGGGAGCCUUUUGUACGGAUAAGAAGACUUGUGGGUGUAACGAGAAAGCCGCGAUCGAUAAGUCGGGAAAAAAUUGUAUUCCUUACGCGGACACCAUCAACGAACAUUGCACAGAGAAUGGCAUGUGUUCUGCGAUCCCUAGCUCGAUCUGCCUCGAGAAUAAAUGUCAGUGCCCAAAGAACAAACAUUUCGUGAAGGAACUCGGACAAUGCAUCGUUAGCAGAGGCAUCGGCGAGCCUUGCCAGCACGAUUACGAUUGUUACCAGGAUGAAAAUUAUACGAAUUUGGAAAGAAAUGGGUUUGUAUGCAUUGGCAGCUUGUGCGAUUGCGCGAUAGAUUAUUUUAUAGACGGAGACAAGUGCAUUAACGCAGAACGAGAAAAGAAAAAAACGAAGGAAUCUAUCUCUAUCUGGGAUCACAGGGAGAAAGAAGAAAUGAGGAUGAGGAGGAGCGAGGGUGGAACGAGGAAGAAACGGUGGUCCUCACCACUGUCGAUUCGAGCGCCGGGACUUGCUGCCGCUCUACCGGUAGUCUUUCUAUGUUUCUUCGUGCUAACAUCAGUCGUCCUCGCGCACGGACAGCAUCAACAUCUUUUGCAGAGACAGACUCUAGCGACAUGUCGUUACGAUUUGGAUUGCAUGGAAAACGCUUACUGCUGGAAUCAAGAGGCUUGCUAUUGCAAAGACGGCUACGUCGUUUACAGAAAUCACAGCAACUUCCACUGCUUGAAAGGUAUCAACGUUACCUACCCCGUUCCCACGUUAAAAGUGGCCGACAACAUCGAGGAUCCGUGCGUGGCUAAUGUACAAUGUCAUUUGACCUUUACCCUCCACUCGGAGUGUCGUAAUCUCGUUUGCCAGUGUUCUUCCACGGCACAUUUCGUAAACGGAAGGUGUUACGAAUCCAUCGGGCUAGGUAGAAUAUGUCAAACGAACAAUAAUUGUUACGUCAAGGACAGUUACUGCGUGGAGGGUUACUGCGUUUGCGAUCAUCGUCAACAUUCGAAUCCCGAGAGAACAAAAUGCAUAAAGAACGCUUAUUUAGGUGACAAAUGCGAGCACGAUUACGAGUGCGUGUCAAAGAGCACGAAAUGCAUGGAAGUUUGUAGAUGUAAAAUCGAUUACGUACUUUCGGAGGACGGUACAAGGUGUUUGAAGGCAGCCAACUCCGUUGGCGAAGAUUGCCAAGAGAACUUGCAGUGCCAGGAAUUCUUACAGAAUACCGUCUGUCAGAAUAAUGUUUGUACGUGUAUAGAGGAUUACCAUCGUCGUGGACCUGUAUGUGUCAGGGACGUUGGAUUGGGUCAACGUUGCGUCUCUCAUAACGAGUGCGUGACAAGAACGUACAAGCAUUCCAAUUCGAGCGAACUGAUGAACGUCGAUUGUUCUAAUGAUCGCUGUACUUGUGCCGAGAAUUACAUAAUGUCGCAAGAAUUGGACGAUUGUAUUCGAUACAGUGAAAGUGGUGCCACCAGUUGGCAAGCUUAUGGAAUCUUCUCACUGAUAAUAUUCGUAAACGCGUCUCUUUGGAUGUUGCGAAAGACUAUGUGGUAGAGCCACUUUAGAAGCACCUUUUACCCUAUCCCAUAGAUAAUUAUUCUUAUCAUAUUUAUCUGUAUUUAUUUAAAUAUUGUUCGGUGGUGAGUCGUGUAAAUAAGGAAGGGACUUGCGGUAGGUAUACAUAUAACCAAAGACAACGGACAGACAACAGUAUACGUAUACGUAUCAUCUCGACAAAGUUCGAGUAUUUAUUUUCAGUACUCGAGUAUGAGAAUUCUCUUAUUAUUAUUAUUAUUAUUAAUCGUACCUAGGAAUAGGUAUCGGACGGGGAUCGACGGAAAUAAGAGCGAAGGAGGUAGAGAGGGAGAGAGGCUCUCUCUGUAUUGCGAGCGAUAAUAUUUAUUUAUUAAGAAACAGAAAUAAAUGAAAGUUAUUAUAAUAACUUAUAAUAUUAAUAAAAUCAAGUUAAUUAAGUUGGAAAUCUUAA